GAAACUCUCGAUACAAAAGGUAGGACAGACGAUGUGUACUGCAGCGUAUAGACCAUCGUCCCCGGCCUAGACAUCACCUGAAGAGCGAUAUGAGGAGCUUUACUUCUCUCGUGGCCAUGUCAGCGUUGGCCAGCCACGCGCUCGCCCACACCAUUUUUCAGGAGCUGUACGUGAACGGAGUGGACCAAGGUCAUCUCACGGGAAUACGUGUCCCCGUUUACGAUGGGCCAAUCACGGACGUGACCUCAAACGACCUCAUUUGCAACGGUGGGAUCAACCCGUACUACCAGCCCAUUUCGAAGGCGAUUAUCAACGUUCCUGCUGGCUCGCCCGUCACUGCGGAAUGGCACCACACGCUUGAUGGGGCCGACCCGAGCGAUCCCGCGGACCCCGUUGACCCUGGUCACAAGGGGCCGGUCAUGGCUUACCUCGCUAAGGUCAACAACGCUACCGAUUUGACCGUCACAGGUCUUUCAUGGUUCAAGAUCUGGGAGGAUGGAAUGGACAGCAACGAAGUAUGGGGCACUGACCGAAUGGUCGCGAACAAGGGCAAGGUCACCUUCAGCAUCCCGAGUUGUAUCGAAGCCGGCCAGUACCUUCUGCGCGUAGAGAUGAUCGCCCUCCAUGGCGCAUCGAACUACCCGGGUGCUCAGUUCUACAUGGAGUGCGCUCAGCUCCAAAUCACCGGUGGCGGAAGCACCCAGCCCGCUACUGUCAGUUUCCCUGGCGCCUACAAGGGUACUGACCCCGGCGUCAAGAUUAACAUCUACCAGAAGUUGACCUCGUACACGAUUCCGGGACCUUCGGUGUUCUCGUGCGACGGUUCUUCCGCCCCCGCUCCUGCUCCUUCUACAACAGCCGCCAUCCCGCCGCCCCCGUCCAGCCCUGCGACCCCCGUGUCGACGCCUGUGGCGUCUCCUACGAGUGCCUCUGGAACCGUGGCCCACUAUGGGCAGUGCGGCGGCUUGACCUACAGCGGACCGACUGCAUGCGAGGCUCCUUUCGCUUGCGUGGCUUCGGGUCAAUAUUACAGCCAGUGUUUGUAA